UGACCUGUAGUACCACAUCCACCACUAGGGGGCUUUUGCGCUAGAGAAGCAACAUGAAAUCACUACGGUGAUUCUUUUUCACAGGAAGAAAACCUCGUCUAAACUUCCACAUUCUUCUGAAAAUGCUUCUUGCUCUGGACUUCCCCCACAAGGCGUUGGUGAUCAAUGUUCUGGCAGCCUUAGGAGGUUUAACUUUGUCUCUUAACCUGCUGAAAUUCACCUGGAAAUGUUGCUGUGGAUUCAGGCAGUACGUCUUAUCGUCGCUUUGUCAGGCGAACCUGCGGGCGUACGGACAAUGGGCAGUUGUAACUGGUGCCACGUCUGGCAUUGGUAAAGCUUAUGCCACUGAGUUGGCACGUCGGGGUCUGGAUGUUGUUUUAAUAGGAAGGUCUGAUGAGAGGCUUCAAAAGGUUGCCAAAAAAAUCGAAAACAAGUACGGACGAAAGACUCACACCAUCAAAGUGGACUUCACAGAGGGUAGCAGCAUCUACCAAACCAUAGCUCAUGAGCUCCAUGACCUGCAGAUUGGAAUUCUGGUUAACAACGUUGGAAUGAUCUGCAAUGAUCGUUUCGCCUAUUUUCUGGAAACACCAGAUCCCGGAAAGAAAAUCACUGAGAUCAUCAAUUGUAAUGUACUCGCUGGGCCCCAGAUGACCAGACUGAUUCUUCCUCGCAUGGUGCUCAGAGGCAAAGGAUUAAUCAUCAACAUCUCCUCUGAAAUGGGUCUCCGUCCACAUCCGCUGGUGGCUCUUUAUUCGGCCACCAAGAUUUUUGUGAUAAAUUUCUCCCAGUGCUUACAAGCUGAGUACAAGUCAGAGGGGAUCACAGUCCAGUGUGUGACCCCAUUCAUGGUGUCCACCAACAUGACAAACAACCUAAAAGUCAACUUGUUUGUGAAGAGUGCUCCAGGGUUCGUCUAUGAUGCUUUGAACACCGUGGGCCACUCCACCUUCACCAGCGGCUGUCUGUCCCAUGCACUGCAGAGCGUGGCUUUCUCCAUUCUCGUGCCGGACUGGCUGCGGAUGUCGACAUUUUUCAUCCGGUGGCUGAGAAAAAGUGGGAAUAUAGAAAGCUGUCGGAAAGAUGUCCCUCAGGAAGAGGAGUGAAACAGGGAAAAACAUAGCUGAAGGUUUAUUUAUUUAUUUUUUUAAAAGGUGACUGAAAUGA